AUGAGAGUUUAUGCACUUUUAUGUAUAGUGGCAAUAGUGUAUUGCACCUAAAUUACAAACUAGGCAAGUAUGUUUGACGAGUAGCUCGGAUAACUGACAAAAAGUAAAUUAGGCAACACCAUAUUAAACAUGAUAUCAUUGCAAUAAUUUACAGAGGUGGAUUUUAGUCCAUUAUUUACAGCAAUAGAUGACAUUGUUGCAUCAACACAAUAAGCAAAAUAAGACGAAGCUGAAUAAUUAGAUUCUUACUUUUAGUAAUUCUUGAGUGAUUCAGAGUUCUAUUCAAAUCAAGUCACAGAAUACAAAACAGAAGUUGCAUAACAUCAGAGUGACAUUACGACAUUCCAAAAGGACAGAAACAGUUUAUAAUAAAGUUUAUAUGAUAAAAGUCAAUAAUUGACUGAUUCUCAAAAAAAUCAGGCUUAAUUGCAAAGAACUGUGUAGAAUAACGAUUAGGCAACAUCAAAAAAGACAGCAGAAUACGACUCAUCUAUAUCAAUUGUUGAUCAAGUCAUCGCAAAGUUACAACUUGUCAAAUAGUCCUCCUUUAUUGAAAUAAACAAAGAGGAUCUGGCCGUUUCUGCUGCCACAUUCUCAAGAAGAUUGGGUGAAGUGUCUCAUCUUCCUCAUCUUUUCGAACCUUUAUCCAAGGUCUUAAUUUAAAUGGGCACCUCCGGUUUUGCUGAUUAGGAAUAAGCUGGAAAUGCAAUUAAGUUACUUAACAGUUUGAGGGAAGACUUAGUGGCUUCAAAAUAGGCUUUGUAAAUGAAUGCUCAAUUGGAGAAGGACACCAAUGAUGGAUUGUUGGCUUCUUUGGAAGAGAAUAUCAAUCUUUUGAAUAAUGAAAUCAUUCCACAAUUGAAAGGAGACAUUGAAACCAAAGACGGGGAAAUUGCAACCAAAUCAGGACUCUUAAAGGAUGCAUAAUCUAAUUUGGAUACUGCUUAGGCCAAUCUUGAUAAUGUGAAUGCUGGAUGGGCAGCUAGAUAGGGAUAGAAUAAGCAACUCAAUGAUGGAUGGGAUAAUGAGUUGAUGUUGUUAUCAUAAGCAGAAUCAGCUUUGGAGAGAGGAGGAAUUAGAAGAUAAUGAAAAAUAUUAUUAACAAUUUAUCAAUAAUAUUAAUAAAUUUUAUUUGUGA